ACACAUGUCCAGUAGUGUUCACAAUUAAGCCAGCAACACACCUACUUUAUUAUAUUUUGUGCAACAUGCAAAUAUAAUUACAGUACGUACAGUCCUUUGUCAAUCCCUUGAUGGAUAAAGUUCACCUCCACCGUGUUACUCUUGGAGGUUAUUUUACCAUACUUUACCAGGCGGGUCGUCAGUGCAAACGAUGGAGUAAGCCCCAGGAUGGUUCAGAUUUCACUCACCACUGACAUGAACAAUGGUCAGAUAUCAAAUUCGGAUCAUCAGGUUUAUAGCGGUGUAGGUUAGCGUACUGCACUGUGCACUAAACCUUCACCAGCACUCACUGAUCAGACUGGGGAAGUAUAGUUGACUUGAAUGACGUGACAAAACCAUUCCGUGGUGGAUUAAUAAUAAGUGCCAUCUUAUUUUACAUUCUAUGCAUUUAAAAAGUACGCUAAUCUAUUUGACGUUACGCGUUCAGUAAAGCAGUUGAAUAACCCUUUACGUUGCCAAAUCGGUAAGCAAUAAUGCCAAGGAACAAAUGCAAUAAACAUUAUUGACUUUCUCUGCACCUUUCAGAAGCGCGUAUUUGUGGAUGCCGUGUAUUCACCGCCGGCUUCACUGAGUGCAUUCGUAGUGUUUGUUAAAAGUGCACCAUGGUGAUGCCCGUAGUCGUCAUGUAAACACAGCGGCACAGAGAGCGGUGGAGCUGACGCCGCGAGAUCAGGCACGAUUUACUGCUGCUGAAACAGGGCCCUCUUUACGAGCCGACUUUUAUUUCAAAGGAGAUCUUUCCUUGUUCCAGCAAUCUUUCGAAGCAAAUAAUGUUUUCCGUGCCAUCGUACGUGGAGCGGAAAGGCUCACUCUACCUGAAAUCGGACCACAUGGCUUAUAGCAGACCCAUCCUCAUCUCCAACUGGCACCAGGCGCGUGAGGCCGAGCCCAAGGACUACGACGUCUCACAUUCCAUGGGCAAUCGCAGCAUGCACCUCUCUACCUACAGACGCCUCGGCAACUCCUCACACGAGGAUUGGAGAACAACAACGGGAUCGCAGCUGGAACAGAUUCUACUCCUCAAGCCUCGUGGGUCGUGGGGGGCACAGACGCGUCCACUGACCGUGCAGAACCUCCCCGUGCCAGAACAGGAAAGGGACACCAACAGACCUAAGACUGGCGGUGGGGCAGUUUUGCCACGGUAUCAUCCAGCCUACGACACUUACUUAACGCGACUGAAAACGAUCUAUCAGGCUGACUACGUCCCACCACACUCGCACAUAUCCAGCACACGGGCUGGGCCGCCCUUCCCGCCGAUUCUCUGGGGCUCGCACAGGAAGCCUUCCACCCAGUUCACGGCCACAGCCGCUGUCCAUCCUCACUCUGGACGGAGCACGUGGCAGGACGAGGAAGACCCCGGCACCUACAACAUCUACAACGUGAAGCGACGCUUCAGCGCCUGUGGAUGACCAGAUCGUAGGCAGGCAAUAGUCCAAGCUUCAUUCCCCCCACAGAAGAAAAAAAAAACAGCAUUUGAAAAAAUAGACAAGUGUGGUGAUCAUUGCGCAGUAUACGCCAUUAAAGGGUCGAUUUGCCAACAUCAAUUUGAGCGUAAUUUAGAAGGGCACUUUGCACUAAGAAAGGCGUACGUUAAAUAAUAUGUAUUGAUGUCAAUGUGAUUUCACCUAGCCAUCUGUGAAUGGAGUCCCAAAAUAAGUCAAUUAUGACAUUUUCAGACUCGAAGGUGAUAUUUUAAAUCACAAAGCCCUUAGAGAAUUCCGUACGUAAAAUGUAAUUUAAUGAUGUUGAUUAAUCCAUUCAUAUGCAUUUCUAAUUAUGUUCUUAAAUCUUUAUUUGCUGAUCCUUCAGAAUAUUCAGGUUUUUAUCAUUUCAUUUUUAUUGAUUUUAAAUGCAAUUGAGAUGCCUUGUGGUUGACUUUGUUGUUGGAAGUGAAGUGAAGCAGAGUUUGUCUGCAUGCGAACACAUAAUUUUGUUUUCUCUAACAAUAACAUCCUUUCAUCAGCUUCUUCUGAUAAAUAUUGUACGUGGAUUAGCGGUUUAUGAAAAUAACGAUGAACUGAUGGCUUGAACAAUGAGCACAUGUUCCUGGAAUUUUCCCAUAUUCCCAUAUAUACUGCGUGUUGAAAGUUAAUGAGUAAUAUGCCCCUUUUAAUAAUAAAUAGACUUCCCGUGAAAUUCAAGAGUUUUAAUGAUCCACUGCAUAUUCUGCACUUCCCGGCAAUAAAGUGGUUAAAAUUUCGAUCUUGUCUCAGAUCCAUUAAAAAAAGUGCAUAACAUUUAAUUUGGCAGGCUCAACUCGGAGCUAAACCAGCAUCUGCGUGAAGCAGCAUGGUGCAUUUACAAUUUAUGUUGAUGAAGUGCCAGUUUUAACAAAUUAAUUAGGAAUACAAUUCUAUUUCUCUCGCUAUCUGGACUUGUGCUUUCAAGGCAGAAUAAUAAAUUAGUAUUAAUAAUAGAGUAUUCAUGAUCAUUUAGGCCGGCCUUUAACAAUUUGCCUAAUAUGAAUUGCCUAAUAGUAUAUAUACACUCUGAUGUGUUUUUUUCCAGUUAUCUCACUACACAAGAUAUCUUGAUUUGUUUAUAGAAAAUACACAUGCAUGUUGUUCUAUUCAUACUUUAUCCUGAGCCAAUAUUUGCAUAUUUUAUUAAGUUCCACGAUAAUUUCUUUAUUAAAUUUGUAUCAGUAUAAUAAUUCAAAUGUAUAAAACGCAUUCCAUCUUAGAGGGUCCCAAUGCUCAACGCAUGAAAAGCAGGAAACACGAACAGAGCCAGGGGCAACCGACCAAACUAAAGAUCACUUUAAACGAUCACUUUAAAGAGAUGGGUUUUCAAAGCAGACUUAAAUAUAUCUACCGACUCUGAUUUUCUGAUUUCAAGUGGCAAGGCGUUCAAUGGCUUGGGUGGCACGCUAACAAAAGCCCAAUCACCAAAAGAAUGCAACCUAGACCUGGGAGUGCUGAGCAGUUGGAGAUCAGAAGAUGUCGAGGACCUUGAUGGAAUAUAUAAAUGUAUUAGUUCCUGCAAGUAAUGUGGGGUGAUCCCUUUUAAAGCCGUAUAGGUUAAUAGCAGUAUCUUAAAAUCCACUCGGAAUUUGACCGGUAGCCAAUGAAGGGAUAAGAGGAUUGGUGUAAUGUGCUCACGUUAAUGGUGUACGAGGUCUAAGCACUAGCAGAUGCAUUCUGAACAAGCUGGAGUCUUCUCAGUACUUUGCUCAGAAUCCCAACCAGUAAGGUGUUGCAGCAGUCGAGUCGGGAUAAAACAAAAGAAUGGAUCAGUCUCUCCAAGUCAGCAGGUGACAGGAAGCGAUGCAUUCUGUGCAAUAUUUCUUACGUGGAAAAAGGACAUUUUUAACCACCUUAGAUAUAUGUGCCUCAAAGGAUAAUGACUGGUCAAAGAAAAACACCAAGGUUUCUGACCUCCCGUGUGGGACUGACAGCGUGACCGUCCAUCAACAUGACCAUGCCAUCAGCAAAUCUGAAUGGUUCAAUGUAUUUUGAAGGUUGAGUCGAAUUAAAAAGAUGAAAUAAAUAGGUGGGUGAGAGUAAAUGGGGUUACUUUUGGAAAACGCUACUUGAUCAUUAAAAGCAACACGCCAAAUUAUGUAAACAUAAAACGUGUAUUCGGUGCAUGUCACCUGCCAUGACAUCCUUGAAAUCGCACCAGGAGAGAUGAAGAAGCACGUGCAUUAGAAAGACAAGGUAGAGACAUCGCAGUGGGUGUUAAGAAAAGUAAGUGGUCUUGGGUAGGACACAUCGCCCACAGGGAUGAUGAUGGAUGACCUGAGACGAACGAUGAAAAAAUCACCCCAAGGGAGGGGACGCGCUCGAGGGGAUUCCCACCACAGAGAUGGAGCGAUGAAAUUAGCUCACGUGCAGGAGCUAGUAGAAUCGUUAUCACAAGACCAGGGAGGGAUGGCGACAGCUGGAGGAGGCCUUCAUCCAGCUGUGGAUAGAUAAUGGCUUUGGUGUUGAUGAUAAUGAUGAAUAAUCAUGAGGGGGGGGGGGGGGGAAGGGCUUACUGGGGUCUCACGACUCUUGUUUUUAACGUCGGCAGAUUUGGCGUUUCACAUCUGGAGGAGGGAAACUUGAGAGCCUGGAGAAAACGUGUAAAACGAUGGGAAUAACACGCAGCGUAUGCACAGACAGAUGAGAAACCCAUCAACCGAGAGUUGCAUGCACCACCGUCAUCUCAGUCAGCGAUCCCAUAUCACCUGGGUCUGUCCCAUGACCCCUGCUGCCGGGGUCACCCACGACACUGCACAGAGCCUCGAAGUGUACGUGGCACUGCACAAGUGCCUUUGUGAUUUCACUGCCGCUUCGUAGCAAAUGUUAUCUGUUGUUGUUGACAUUCCUGCAGUAUUGUUAUUGUUUUCCAACCGCAGGUCAGGCUCACUGAACUAUGUAGCCCUUUUUCAGAAGCGACCUGGCCACAAACGAUCGCUUGACAAAGUGGCGUAUCACGUGGACAUUUCUCGCAGCCAAAUACUCUGAACGCACCUUUCUAAAUUGUGG